CCCACGCCUCCAGAAGGUCCGUCUUCGCCGCUAACAUGUGCCAAAGUCGUGUGCAAGCGAACGUUGUACAUGUAUAAGACGUGGUAGGACUAGCAGAAUCCGCACAAUUUCCAUUCCCCUCCUUAUUCCAGCACUAUGCCAUUCUGUCCAUUAUGCCCGCCUGGUACCCAAGCCAUUUUAACUGGGUUAGAAGCGCACAUUAAAUUGAAGCAUACGGUAGCGGGGAUAAGUUGUACACUCUGCCAACAAGACUUCAAGAAUAGUGCUGCGCUGAUACAACAUCUUGCAUCCAAGAGGCACCACAAGUGCAGAUCGGGAUGUUCUCUGACAUUCAUGACAACCUCCGAGCUCAGCACGCACAUUAAGGUGGAUCACAACCCAGGAUCUAAAGACCCUCCUGCAGCUACCAGUAAAGUCGAAACUACAAUCCCUAGGUCAGCCACGUUCCCCUGUAGCCCCUGUGGCAUGGAAUUUGUUAGUUCCGAAGCGCUCCAGCACCACAUGCGUGUAGACCAUGCACCUAAAAACCCAUGCCCAUCUUGUUAUCAAAGUUUCUCCUCAUCUAGCGCCCUUGACGAACACCGGUCGAUCAGCCAUCCUGUACCCAAAGUACAAGCCAGCGUUUCUUCGGGAUGUCCCAUGUGCAAACAAACAUUCUCCUCCGCAGACGACCUGUCUCGUCAUAUUCUCGCCGCCCAUCCUCUCGGAGUAUCGGCCGGGAAGGUGUAUCCUUGCCUUUUAUGCCACCGCACGUUCUCAAAGAUGUCUAAGCUUACUGCCCACAAUGAUACUGCUCACCCCCCCGGGCCUGUUUGUACCAUUUGUCGGCUCAAAUGCCCGUCUCAAAAUGUUCUUGAUGAUCAUGUCGCCGCGGUGCAUACACGCGCGCUCUGCAGCUGCGGGGGAUGCGAUGUGGCGUUUACCUCCGACGAGGGGCUACGCCACCAUUACUUGCAGUCUUCAAAGGAUGCCCACCCGAAAUGUGUCGAGUGUGAUCUCGGGUUCGAAAACGACGCAGAAUAUGCAACGCAUCGCCAAACAUCCCACCCGGAGCCGCCCCGCCCUAUUUCUCCACCAGCUUCUUAUCACUGUGCCUUGUGCAACAAAGUCUUCAAGCUUCAAUUAGCACUGGACGACCACACGGCCGCGAAACACUCUGUCACCUGUGGAAUAUGCGAAUUCGUUUGUCCGGAGGAGGAAGUCCUCCAGGAACACAUCGCCUCGGCGCACUCAUGCCCUGUUUGUCAUGAGGGUAUCUUCGCAAACACAGACCUUUUAAACGAGCACCUCGCAGACCAUGCCACUCCCUAUCGUUGUGAAGUCUGCCAAGCGAGGUACGCCGAGGAAGAAGGCCUACGUCAGCACUACAAAGACUCUUCAGAUGACACACAUCCGUCUUGUACGAGAUGUGACCUGGGAUUUCAAGAUGCAGACGAAUACCAUAAUCACACAGAAACGGUUCACCCUCGGGUAUCUUGUCCACUGUGUGAUGGAGCAUUAUUUGAUCCUGGGGAGCUUUCUUUGCACUACUUGACAUCGCGCAACCACCCCGCGUGCGACAAAUGUCAAAUCGGAUUCAGUGAUCAAGCUGAAUUUGCUAUGCACGGCGCAACAGAACAUCCAGAAGCAUACUGCCACCUGUGCCGGUGGCAGUUUGAGUGCUCCGAGUCGUUGCAAAACCAUAUCCGACACUUCGUGGCGCACCCCAAGUGCAUGGAUUGUGAGCUGAGAUUCGCAGAUGCGGAUACCUAUCAACAUCAUCUGUUUGUCGUGCAUAGGCCACGCAGUAGCGAGCCUGCGACACGGCAAGAUUUCGAUCCCGAUGCUUUGGAUAAUGGUGACGGAGUAGUUCAUUCCGAAAAGCGCUUUUCUAAUUCCUUUUCUCCCGAUCGAGUCGACUCGACAUGGGGUUUUUCUGUUAAUUAUGACUUCCCCUAUGCCCCGUCUAUCCCCUUGCCCCCGAGUACUAGUGGAUACUCCAGCCCUCUGUCCCAGAGGGUUUUGACACGAUCGAGCGUAGGAUCGCGGUCGUCAUCCAGGACGCUUUCACCACCUCCGAUCUGCAACAUCAAAGUCGCACAACUGGAGACUGAGCAUACCGUGGACCAUUCCGACUCGCCAGAUUUUGAGCACUCGCCGCUUUCCAAUAUACCUGCAGUUGGUACACCGUUGAUAUCAAGCACAGACUUCCGUAGCCCCUUCAGUCCGCGCCCGGACCCUCCGGCACUUUUUUCUCCUUCUCAGGAGCUGAAUGGCACUAGUCACAGCGAUGAAGAAUCUAUAGCCUCUGCAAGAUCACCUGAGACAAGCUCUCCCGUGAUAAAACUUCCCGAGAACGGCACAUCGCCUGUGUCGAGCUCUGGCUGGUCCACAUUAAGUGGCGACGAUGCGUCGAGGAUGGCAGCCAAAUCAGAGGAUUCACUCAGUCAUCGGCCAGUGGGCCCUGCUGUGCCGAUGCUUCGGUUGCAAGUACCUGUGCCUAAUGGCACUUCUCAGACAGCCAGUAUUUCGAGGACACCAAGCUCCAUUUCCCCCGAGUCUGCAGGCAUUGAUAUUUCUGCGAAUGUGACCCCCGAUUACUUGCGGGAAGCUCGUGCAUAUCUUGCUGUAACUCAUCCAGGACAGGCACCUGCGACUGCGAACCACGUCCACAGCCCGGCCAUGGCGUCCCCUAGUUUGACUUCAAUCGGCCUCACCGCAGCCUCUCGCGAGCGACGCCGUGAAGUACGAUUCGAGGAUAGUAUCAUGUCGGAGCCGCUGUGGGAUAACCAAUCAUCUGACUCGACCGAUUCCUCGUUCGAUCCUCCUGUGCUUCAAAACAGGCGAAAAUAUUGCGUACAAAAGAAAUCAGGUGCCAGUAAACUUCCUCGUUUUGCACCACUCAAGACGGGACGAGUCGCGGGAAGGAACGGGAUUAAUCAUUUAACGAAUGGCACGAGUUCUCUCUCUCCCUAUCAUUGCAGGAUUUGUCGACGAGAGACAUGCGAGGAUCUGACGACGACGACUUGUGGGCACUUGUUUUGCAAUGCGUGCAUCACAGAUGCGGUGAUACGAGACUCGCGAUGUCCCGUAUGUAAGAGUGCGGUUUUGCUUUAUUGCUUGUUCCGCAUCGACACCACCGUGGCCCACCAUGACUCAGAGUGACUGAUGAUAAGUAGUCAACAUAUGUAGUAUCCGGGUCUUGCCUGUCUGUCGUUCAUUGUUGUGAAGUACCGAUUUCGACGCCGGUAGUCAUUCUAUAAAAACCCUUGCACAAGUUA